AUGUCAAUCUCUUGCGAAUCUGAGAUACAAUCACCUCGCGUACUAGCUCAGUCUCAACAACUGAAACAUGGCCGUUUCAAGCACCCCGAAGCGGCCCUGUUUGGAGCCUGCCAUCCAAACCAUCUAAAAGUCGAUCGCACACAACCGCUUCAUCACCCUCGAUGCUUCAGAGGUCCACAGCAAGCCUCCCACUCAGCACGCUUUCCCAAAGAAACGACUGCUAUCGUCACAAUUGACCUCGGCAUUCAACAUCUUCCCUCGACCGACCCAACAGUCGCAAUUGACCUGAUCCGACAAGCCAUUCGCACCAAACUGGGGCCGCACCACCACGUUCGAUCGAGCUUCAUAGACUCAAGCGGUUAUCGCAACAUUAUCUUCACACUCUACUGGAAAGAUGUUUCAACCUAUCGAGAGUGGGAAGCAACACUGCCUGCAGAUUGGUGGUAUGGAGGGCUAUCUCCUGCUUCCGACAUCGGAAUAUUUAAAGAGCUGUACACAGUCCCGAUUACUGAUACGGAGAUUACAUUUGCUCUACCGAAUCCAGAGGGCUACUCAGUCAUCGCAGAGUCAAUGAGCGGCGAGACUGAUACCCAUGAAUAUUGGGGCUCAGCUCGAGAUCGCAUUCCGCGGUCGCAAACAGACAAUAUUGAACCAGAUGGCUGGCCAUCACUCAAAGACGACGUCUUCUCGUCAGACCCUCAUGGAAAGCUUGUCUCUGUUGAGCCCCACAAAAAUCUCUGCCUUGUCCGCUCCGGUCAAGUCUGGGAGAACAGUACACCAGCCGAGAUAAAGUCAUACAGCACAGAGAUUAAACCAACUCUCGACAGCGGCAUGGAGGAGCUUAUAAAGAACAGCCGGCACUUCAGCUGCUUCUCUAACAGAUAUAUGCGUAUAGAGGACGACGAUGGAAACCCAAUUGGUAAAAAAUGGAGCAUUAUUAUGUGGGAGUCGCUUGAACGUCUUGAGAAGUGGUCUCUUACUCCAAAGCAUAAGGAGAUCUUUGGUACACAGAUCAAUCAUUUUAAUCGGAUGGAGAGGGAGGUGAGGAGGCUAAUCUAA